AUGAGCAGUAGAUUUUAUUUUGGCGGCUCAGAUUCUGGCUCUGAUGUCGAUGAUGAUGCGCCUCUACCAUUUCCAAAACCUCUGGAUCGUGCAGCCUUCCUUGCGCCAGGCUUUAAUGCGGCCACAUUUCUGGCGAGCUUGUCCAAUCGCUUUCAGACACUGGAGGACCUCCAGACCGAACUUCGUGAUUUGAGUAACACAUUGAACAAAGAGUUGGUGGAUCUGGUGAACGACAACUACCAGGACUUUCUCUCUCUGGGAACUACCCUAUCCGGCGGAGAGGAAAAGAUUGAAGAUAUCAGACUAGGUCUGCUCGGGUUUCAGCGUGAAGUCAAGGCGAUCAGAGACAACGUCGACACGAGAAGAAAUGAGGUAGCAGAUCUGCUGAGGCAAAAGAAGACACUCAAGCAUGAUACAGGGAUCGCAAGGUCCCUCUUGGAGAUUGCCGAAAGACUAGAUCAGCUGGAAGACAAGCUGAACACCACGAACUUCAGGCCUACAAACACAUUAGAGAGCGGCGACCAAGAGAACCCCAAUGUUGCGUGGAGCAAAGGUUGGACAGAGAGCAUGAGUUAUGAUAGUGACGACGAGUAUGAAUCUGAUGACACAAGCAUACCACCACGGUUGAAGAGGCAAGUGGAAGAGUUUCUGAUCUUGAAACAUCUCAUCAGUCAAGUCAGCACACAUCACCCCUUCAUUUUGGCCCAAGAUUCGCGGAUACGGAAGCUCCAAGAAAUUUUGUUGUCAGAUCUCGAGGCUGCUAUCAAACAAGAGCCGCAGGUCAAGUUCAAGCAGCAAAUGUUACAGCUUCGGGGGGCUGUAGAGGGUUGA